AUGCUACCGAAGGACAUGGUUGAGGCUUAUCUAUUUGGAUAUGUUGGAGAUAUCCAAGCCUCUAUCCCAGGCACGGCUGGUCGAGACUUUGUCAUCCCUGCUUUCUAUACUACGUACGGUGAGGAUGUGGUGUAUGAUGAGAAUCCUAAGCUAUACAUAUCAGGUGUGGAUUCCUCGGCAAGCAUCAACUUGACCGUCCCAGGCCAAGAUAAAUCAUUGCACUUCUCCGUUGGAGAGGGAUGCACCAUACCCGUCCUCUUGAACUGCAGGUUAUCUGCUAAGGAGGUCGGUACCCAGACAAGUGCGCUUCACGUUGUAUCUGAUGAACCAAUCGCUGUCCGCAUGCAUCAGGAGCACUUGAUGCCCAGCAUGCCAACCGCGUUCCUUUCCUUGCCGACAUCGAUGCUAGGUACACAGUACUUUGUCGUGGAUCCUGGAAAUGCAGCAUCACCGACGGAACUGAUCGUUACGGCCGCAGGAAGUCGAUCAGAUAUAAACAUCGUUCCAAGUUCAUUUGUAGAGCUUGACGGGAUGCGAUACAACAAAGGAGAUGAAUUUCAUGUAAACCUUCAGAGAUUCGAGUCGCUUAUUCUUCGGAGUGAUGGUGACUUGACAGGAACCUUAAUAGUCUCUGAUAACCCGGUUUCUGUCAUUGUAGGGGAUCACUGCGACCCGAAUAUGCCAGGUACAACCCUGUGCAGGCAGCCUCACCAACUACUACCAACCGACCAGUGGGGCCAGAGGUUCGUGGUGACGACGUAUAAGUCUUCUGAAGACAGCGUUUAUCAAAUCUUUGCAAUAUCCGACAAGACUACUCUUCGACUAUUAGGUGGUGGAUCCGAGGUAGCGUCUCCUCUGAUGCUUGGGGAGUCAUCACUCGAAAGAGCCCGUCCAAAUAAUAUAUACGUGGUGCAAUCCGACAAACCGGUGUACGUCAUACUUUAUGAAGGAAAUGGACAGGCUCUUACGGCUCUAACUCCAGAUAAUCAUCGGGUUACCGGAUCGAUCUUGGUACCUUCUAUUACCAGCAGCAACCGAAAUGGUCAGUCUCAUCUACUUAUUACGGUCGACUGUGUAAAUACCGAGGGCUUCCAGUUGGAUCUCGAAGAAUUACCAAGUUCAACAUCCAUAGUGAGAGCCAGCGACGGGGUAGAUUGUGUCAUCCGAACUCCAGUUGACAGUGGAAAUCAUGUGUUACAUCAUGAGUCACCUGAUGUAGGGUACUCAGUGACUGUCCACGUGACCGAUGACGAAAUGUCAUAUGCCUAUCCUGUCGGGUUUUCGGGGAACAGCAAUCAAGAAUCAGACAGAGACCCACAGCAAGAUUAUCCGCCUGUCACCAUGUUUGGCAACAGACCAAAGGGAAAAAAUGGGGUUAAGCUCACUUGGCAGAAGCCAUCUUCCUGGCCUGGACAACCCAAGGGAUACAGGAUACAAAUAAAAUCAGCUCGAGACCCUGGUUUCUGCAAGUGUCGUAACGUAAUCAUUCAUAACCCUCAUCGGAUGAAUUACUGGCUUCGCAACUUGAGCGUAGGAGAAAGAUACUUCGUCGGGAUUCGACCCUUUGGGACCUCAGGAAGUGGGUCGGCUACCAUGCAAGUCAUACGAAGAACCGUAUAAUAACAUUUGUGGUUCACGGACUUCCGAUUGCGGUGGUAAUGGUAACAGAAUGAGAUCGGGAGAGGUAGAGGGGGUGGUUUGUGUAUGGAGAGAUUGACCGAAAUUUGACUGAAACUAAACUGCACAAUUUUUCGCUUCAGAAAAUAUUGUAUUUAGAUAAAGUAAAUGUGUGGUUAUCCGGUUGUGAAAUUACAAAUAUAAUGAAUAAAAACACAUUCCUCUGACAACACAUUAAGCUUUCUUAUUAUAUCGAUUCACAAAUGUCAC